CUAUCUUGAUAACCAUCACCUCACAUGAACAUAUCAAGUCCUAUACAACUUGUUCGGUCUCCUCCUUACAACUUCCAUAACCUGUCAAGAUCCACAAACCUUUCUUCCUUCAUCCCCUUUGGUUUCAUCCUGCUACAACAACUCUUCUUAAGGUAAGCAUGCCUGCUUCAUCGUUUCUGCCAGCUACUGCAAAAUAAGCGAUCAAAUCAUGGGGCUGUUGAAAUGUGGAGCCUUGUUUUUGUGUGUGCUGCUUCUGUCCACAACCUGCUUGAGUAAAGAACAGCACAUUCAGAAGAUAUAUCCUGGCUUCAGUGCAUCUAAGCUGGAUUGGGACGAUUAUAAUGGAAUGUUCUUACUAUCCAACAACUCGGCUUUCGCCUUCGGAUUCUUUGGUACCCUUGAUGUUUCCUUGUUUGUUCUAGUAGUCCUUCACCUGAGUAGCUACAAAGUGGUUUGGACUGCCAACAGAGGCUUACUUGUUAGGAAUUCUAAUAGAUUUGUGUUAGAACAUAGCGGGAAUGCAUAUUUGGAGGGUGGGAACGGUGUGGUUUGGUCAACAAACACAACAGGACAAAGAGUAAGAUCCAUGGAGUUGCAGGAUUCAGGGAAUUUGGUGUUGAUUGGGGAAAAUGGGACAUCCAUUUGGCAGAGUUUUGACCAUCCCACUGAUACUCUUUUGCCUGGUCAAGCCUUUGUGGAAGGAAUGACACUAAAAACCUUUCCCAACCGCAACAACUUGUUCCAUUUUCUUGCUUACAAGGCAGGUGAUUUGGUUCUCUAUGCAGGAUUUGAGCCUCCGCAACAAUACUGGUCAAGCCAAAAGAAUUUCAGUGGCAAGAUUCAUUCUGCUUCUCUGGUGUCCAAUUCAUGGAAUUUCUAUGACAAGAAUGGGGAUUUGCUGGGGAGAACUGUUUUCUCUGACUAUUCAGAUCCUGACUCAUUUUGGGUUGCUAUUUUGGACCCUACAGGUGCCAUCUCUUUCUAUGAUCUUAGCAAAGGGAAGGGUGCUACAUCUGAGGCAACAAAAAUACCACAAGACCCUUGUGGCAUUCCUGAGCCUUGUGAUCCUUACAAUGUUUGUUUCUUUGAGAACUGGUGUGAAUGCCCUGCACUUCUCAAAUCUCGCUUUAACUGCAAGCCUCCGAAUGUCUCAACUUGUUCUAGGACUUCUACGGAACUUCUAUAUGUUGGUGAGAAGCUUGACUAUUUUGCACUUGAUUAUGUUGCACCGGUUUCAAAAUCAAACCUGAAUGCCUGCAAAGAAGCUUGUUUGGGAAACUGCUCUUGCCUUGUGCUUUUCUUUGAAAACACCACCGGGAGAUGCUUUCAUUUUGAUCAGACUGGAAGCUUCCAACGAUUCAAGGGGGGUCCCGGCGGUUUUACUUCAUAUAUGAAGGUGUCCAUUGAUGAUGGAAAUGACCACAAAAAGCAAAAGAAUGGGAUACUGCUAAUUGUUGCCAUAGUAGUCUUCACAGUUCUGGUCAUUGUUAGUCUUGUGGCAGGGUUCUGGUACUAUAACAAGAAGAUGAAUCUUGUUAAGCAUGAACAGGACACAUUGGAGGAGGAUGAUUUCUUGGAUGGUCUCUCCGGAAUGCCUACUCGGUUUACUUAUGGUGCUCUCUCUACUGUGACAAAGAACUUCUCCACCAAAAUUGGUGAAGGAGGUUUUGGCUCUGUGUAUCUUGGUGUGCUUGAAGAUGGAACUCAGUUGGCUGUGAAAAAAUUGGAAGGUCUUGGACAAGGGACAAAAGAGUUCAAGGCUGAAGUGUCUAUAAUUGGAAGCAUUCAUCAUGUUCAUCUGGUGAAGCUUAAAGGCUUCUGCGCUGAGGGUCCUCAUCGCCUUCUCGUCUAUGAAUACAUGGGGAGGGGCUCUCUGGACAAAUGGAUCUUCAAGAACAGUGAAAACACUUUCUUGUUGACUUGGGAUACAAGGUUCAACAUUGCAAUAGGCACAGCCAAGGGAUUGGCCUAUCUUCAUGAAGAGUGUGAGGUGAAGAUUGUUCAUUGUGAUAUUAAGCCGCAGAAUGUUCUUCUUGAUGAUAAUUUCACUGCUAAAGUUUCAGAUUUCGGACUGGCUAAGCUAAUGAACCGCGAACAAAGCCAUGUGGUUACAACUCUAAGGGGCACAAGAGGGUAUCUAGCACCAGAAUGGAUCACUAACUAUGCAAUUUCUGAGAAGAGUGAUGUGUUCAGCUAUGGCAUGGUCUUGCUGGAGAUUAUUGGAGGAAGGAAGAACUAUGAUCAGUGGGAAGGCCCGGAGAAAGUGCAUUUUCCUUCUUAUGUCUUCAGAAUGAUGGAGGAAGGGAGACUGAGAGAAGUUAUUGACAAAAGGAUAGACAUUGAUGAUAAGGAUGAAAGGGCUAUGAUUGCUCUCAAAGUUGCUCUAUGGUGUAUACAAGAUGAUGUCAGUUUGAGACCUUCCAUGACAAAGGUAGUUCAAAUGCUUGAAGGUCUCUGCCCUGUACCUGAUCCACCAUUAUCUCAGUCUAGUUCUUUCACAGCCUUCCUGAAAAUGAGUAGUGGAGAAGCUUCUUCUUCAGGACAGGGAAGCUUCUAUAGUAACGUGCCACUUUCUUGUGUUCAAUUAUCUGGACCAAGAUGAUGAUAAAGAUGAGAUGAAUAGAUACACUUUUCUUUUCUUUUUUUUUGGUAACACCAUCAUAUUCAAGUCAACUUGCACUUUUGCUUGUUACUUUUGGCCUAGUAAGUAGCAUCUUUUAUGAUGACAAUGUUAUUAUAUUGUAGCUUGGAUUGCAAAGCCAUCAAUUUUGUUAAACUAGAAUGCAUUUUGUUGUAUAUAGACUAUUGUGUUGCUUAUUUCCUGCUUCGGAUGAGAAAUUUAUUUGAGACAAACACAAA